CCGGUUUAAACAAAUUUCACCCCUAAGCUUGCCGUUUAGAAUGGCCCCACCCAACAAUGAGUGUACGUAUGAAGUAAUCAACAAUGUCGCCGCUUCGGAGGAGCUGGCCCAACGAUCUACCGAAAACGACGAGAUGCGCAAGAUGCAGAUGGCAUGGGAAACUCCGGCCGCUCAAGGGCUUUACGAUCCACAGAACGAGCACGAGGCCUGUGGCGUUGGUUUCAUCGUGUCGAUCGAAGGCAAACCGAACCAUAAGAUCCUGCGCGAUGCACAAACGCUUGCCAUACGCAUGAACCAUCGAGGUGCGUGCGCCUGUGAUAACGAUACCGGCGAUGGUGCAGGUGUUUGUACUUCGAUUCCGCAUCAGUUGUAUGCCAAGGAGCUGGCUUCUUAUGGCAUUGAACUUCCCACUUUUGGCCGUUACGCCACAGGCAUCUUUUAUCUGGAUAAGAAUUCGCACGAGGAGGCGGAAAAAGAGUUUAACUCGCUGGCUGAAAGUCUCGGCAUUCAGGUGAUCUACUGGCGCGAUGUUCCCACCAACCAGGAGGCAGUCGGCGCAGUGGCACGCAAAAGUGAACCUCUGUCCCGCCAGGUGUUUGUGACCGCCGACGUUGACGAGGAAACGUUCAAGCGACAGGUAUUCAUUUUGCGCAAGCGUGCGACGCACGAGCUGCAGCGUCCGGGCCGUCGUUUCUACAUCUGCUCACUUGCACCGAAAACGAUCGUUUACAAAGGUCUGUUUACCUCGGACCAGCUGUGGGAAUACUACCUUGAUUUGAAGAAUCCCGAUUUUCUCACCUAUCUGGCGCUGGUACACACGCGCUUCAGCACUAACACUUUCCCAUCAUGGGAGCGGGCUCACCCAUUGCGUGUGUUGGCUCACAAUGGCGAAAUCAAUACGCUUCGCGGUAAUGUGAACCUGAUGAAGGCUCGCGAAGGUGUUAUGAAGAGCGAGCAGUAUGGUGACGAGCUGAAGAAGCUGUAUCCGGUGGUCGAGCCAAACCUAUCCGAUUCCGGUUCGUGUGACUGUGUGCUCGAAUUUUUGACCCAAGUCGGAAAUCGAUCGCUGCCUGAAGCCGUCAUGACGAUGGUGCCAGAAGCGUGGCAGAACGAUCGUACGAUGUCGCAGGAAAAGCGAGACUUCUAUCACUGGUCCGCAUGCGUGAUGGAACCGUGGGACGGUCCGGCAUUGAUUUCCUUUACUGAUGGGCGCUACAUCGGUGCCAUUCUCGAUCGUAACGGUUUGCGUCCGUCUCGCUUCUACGUGACCCGGGACAACCUGCUCAUCAUGGCAUCGGAAGUCGGCGUUUACGACGUAGAUCCCAAAGACGUUACGCUAAAGAGCCGCCUGAAGCCGGGUCGUAUGCUGCUGGUGGACACGGAGCAAAAGGCGCUGAUACAGGACAUCGAGCUGAAGUCGGAAAUUGCCAAGUCUCGGCCGCACAGCGAAUGGCUGAAGGAACAGAUUACUAUGGAUGAAAUUCGCGAAGCAGCUGGAAACUCUAAUGGAACGAUCCAAACGAUCGCGAAUGGUGACAACAAUCAGCUUGCAGAAAAGAAGGGCAUUCUCGAUCCACGCCUGCAGCUGUACGGUUACACAACGGAAACGAUUCACAUGCUGUUGCUGCCGAUGAUCAAGAACAAGAAGGAAGCAUUGGGCUCCAUGGGUAACGAUGCGCCGCUCGCUUGUCUGUCGGCGUUCCAACCGUUGCCGUACGAAUACUUCAAGCAGCUGUUUGCGCAGGUCACCAACCCACCGAUCGAUCCAUUCCGUGAAAAAAUCAUCAUGUCGCUACAGUGCCCGGUCGGGCCGGAGGCAAACCUACUGGUGGCCUCACCCUCGCAGGUACAUCGCAUCUGGUUGGAUAAUCCGAUCCUAAGCAUUCCAGAUGCUGAAGUUCUGAAACGGAACCAGCAUCGCGGAUGGAAAACUAAGGUUCUCGAUAUUACAUUCCCAGCGAACGAGGGUCCACCGGGUUACAUAAACGGGUUGCGACGCGUCUGUACCGAUGCAUAUGCGGCCGCCCAGAAUGGCUACCAGCUGCUGGUGCUUUCGGAUCGGAACGCGAGUGCCGAACGCGCCCCAAUUUCGUCCCUGCUUGCCCUUGGGGCGGUCCAUCAUCAUCUCAUCGAGACGCGCCAGCGCAUGAAGGUUGGCCUAAUCGUGGAAACGGCCGAAGCGCGCGAAGUACACCACAUCUGCGUACUGCUCGGUUACGGUGCCGACGCCAUCUGUCCCUAUCUGGUGUUUGAGAUGGCAGGAGCACUGCGUGACGAGUGCGUACUGGAUCCAUCAUUGACCGAUGAUGCCAUUUACCGAGCGUAUGCAACGGCUGUCGAAACCGGUAUAUUGAAGGUGAUGGCCAAAAUGGGUAUCUCCACGCUGCAAUCCUACAAGGGUGCGCAGAUUUUCGAAGCCGUCGGCAUGGGUGCCGAUGUGAUUGAUUUGUGCUUCCGUGGAACGCAGUCACGCAUUGGCGGUGUAACGCUGGAGGUGUUGGCUCGUGAAGGCCUCGAGCGGCACGAGCUGGUGCACGGCACGAACCAUGCCGAUGCGAAAAUUCUGCGCAAUCCCGGUCAAUUCCAUUGGCGUGCCGGUGGUGAAGGUCACAUCAAUGAGCCGGGUGCGAUCGCCGCCCUGCAGGAAGCAGCAGUCAACGAGAGCAAGGGUGCAUACGGGACCUUCCGCGAUACGACCAUGCGCAGUGUGCAGCUGUGCACACUUCGCGGUCAGUUGGAGUUUGUUAAGGGUCGUCCACGCGUAGAACUGUCAGAGGUAGAACCCGCCAGCGAGAUUGUGAAACGCUUCGCUACCGGUGCAAUGAGCUUUGGCAGUAUUUCGCUCGAAGCGCACCAAACGCUUGCUAUCUCAAUGAACCGCAUCGGAGGCAAGAGCAACACGGGCGAAGGUGGUGAAAAUGCGGAUCGUUACAUGAACCAGGAUCCGCAGCACAAUCGUCGUUCGGCCAUCAAGCAGGUCGCUUCGGGUCGAUUCGGCGUUACGGCGGCGUAUAUUGCGAAUGCUGAUGAUUUGCAGAUCAAGAUGGCACAGGGUGCCAAACCGGGUGAGGGUGGAGAGUUGCCUGGGUACAAGGUAUCGCAGGACAUUGCGGACACGCGCCACUCGGUGCCGGGUGUGGGCUUGAUUUCACCUCCACCGCAUCACGACAUUUACUCGAUCGAAGAUUUGGCUGAGUUGAUUUACGAUCUGAAGUGUGCUAAUCCUAAGGCACGCAUUAGCGUAAAGCUCGUCUCGGAGGUUGGAGUUGGCGUGGUUGCGUCCGGUGUGGCGAAGGGCAAGGCGGAACAUAUCGUGAUCUCUGGUCAUGACGGUGGUACUGGUGCUAGUAGCUGGACCGGCAUUAAAUCGGCUGGUUUGCCAUGGGAGCUGGGAAUCGCCGAAACGCAUCAGGUGCUUGUGCUUAACGAUCUUCGGUCAAGAGUGGUCGUCCAAGCUGAUGGACAGCUGCGUACCGGCUUCGAUGUUGUAGUCGCAGCAUUGCUCGGUGCCGAUGAGUUUGGCUUCAGUACUGCACCUUUGAUCGUGAUGGGAUGUACGAUGAUGCGCAAGUGUCACCUGAACACUUGCCCGGUUGGUAUUGCGACCCAAGAUCCCGUACUACGAGCGAAAUUCGCCGGCAAACCGGAACACGUGAUCAAUUACUUCUUCAUGCUUGCCGAAGAGAUUCGCGAGAUUAUGGCUGGGCUCGGUCUGCGCCGUUUCCAGGAGCUGAUCGGUCGUACAGACCUGCUGAAGGUACGCGAAACGGUUUCAUACAAAGCAUCACUGCUCGAUCUACAGACGCUGCUGAAGAGUGCUUUGGACUUGCGUCCCGGCACGAACAUCGUCGGUGGUUCGUUGCGUCAGGACUUUGUGCUGGAGAAACGUGCCGAUAAUGAGCUGAUUAAAAACACGAUGGGUGUAAUCGAGGGCACGGAAACGCACAAGACGAUCGAAAUGCGAAUCAACAACGAAGAACGUGCGUUCUCGAGCACCCUGAGCUAUGAGAUCGCUCGGCGUUAUGGCGAUGCGGGUCUACCGGAGGGACGUUCGAUCAACAUCAAUCUGACCGGAUCGGCUGGUCAGAGCUUCGGUGCGUUCCUGGUAAAGGGCGUCAAAAUGACCCUGCAGGGCGAUGCUAACGAUUACGUCGGUAAAAGCCUUUCCGGAGGUACGAUCGUAAUUCGUCCACCGGAAGGCACUACGUUCGAAUCGCACCUGAACGUGAUCGUCGGUAAUGUGUGUCUGUACGGUGCUACCUCAGGGCGCGCUUUCUUCCGUGGCAUAGCAGCGGAACGUUUCUGUGUGCGCAACUCCGGCGUAACGGCCGUUGUGGAGGGUGUCGGUGAUCACGGUUGCGAAUACAUGACGGGUGGAAUGGUAGUUAUUCUGGGUCUGACUGGACGUAACUUUGCCGCCGGUAUGUCUGGUGGAAUUGCGUAUGUACUCGACACGGACGGAACCUUCCGUUCGAAGGUGAAUCCGGGCAUGGUGGAACUGCUCGGACUGGAGUUGGAUGAAGACCGUCAAACGGUUAAGGAUUUGCUACAGGAGUUUGUUAACGAAACCGGUUCGGAAGUGGCAAAGGAACUACUUUCGAAGUGGCCCGAACCGUGUCAACAGUUUGUAAAGGUCUUCCCGUACGAAUAUCAGAAGGCAUUGCGUGCAUUGAAGGAGAAAACGGUAGCAAAGGCAGCCAUCACAGCCAACGGUCAUCCGAAGGAACCGCAAGUGAAGGACAUCGAGGAAUCGAUCCAGGACGGACAGUUGGCAAAGAAAAAGCUCGACCAGGUGUUGGACAAAACGCGUGGCUUCAUCAAGUACAAGCGGGAAACGUCCGUCUACCGUAACGCGGCCGAGCGUCAGCAGGACUGGAAGGAGGUGUUCAACUUCCCGCACGUUCGCUCGAACCUCAAGGUGCAGGCGGCCCGCUGCAUGGAGUGUGGUGUUCCAUUCUGUCAGUCGAACUCGCACGGCUGUCCGCUCGGAAACAUAAUUCCCAAGUGGAACGAUCUCGUGUUCAAUGGAAACUGGCGCGAGGCUAUUAACCAGCUGCUGCAGACGAACAACUUCCCCGAGUUUACCGGUCGCGUCUGUCCGGCACCGUGUGAGGGUGCCUGUGUGCUCGGUAUCUCCGAACCGGCCGUUACGAUCAAAAACAUCGAGUGUGCGAUCAUCGACCAUGCGUUUGAGCAGGGUUGGAUAACGCCACAGGUACCGCACGUCCGAACUGGCAAACGUGUCGCAGUCGUUGGUUCGGGUCCGGCUGGCUUAGCAGCUGCACAGCAGCUGAAUAAGGCUGGCCACCAGGUAACGGUGUUCGAGCGUAACGAUCGUCCCGGUGGUCUGCUGCAGUACGGCAUUCCAACGAUGAAGCUGUCCAAGGCCGUGGUACAGCGCCGGCUUGAUCUAAUGGCUGCAGAAGGCAUCGAGUUCCGGUGCAACGUGCACAUCGGUCGUGAUGUAAUGGGUUCGCAACUGGAGAAGGAGUAUGAUGCGGUACUGUUUACGACCGGUGCUACAUGGCCGCGUGACUUGAACCUGCCGAACCGUGACCUAAAGGGUAUUCACUUCGCGAUGGAGUUCCUGGAAGCGAGCCAGAAGAAGCUGAACGGUGCCCGUCCGGAAUGGAUUUCAGCCGAGGGCAAGGAUGUGAUCGUGAUCGGUGGUGGCGAUACUGGAUGUGAUUGUAUCGCUACGUCAUUGCGCCAGGGAGCUAAAUCGAUUACGACGUUUGAGAUUCUACCCAUUCCGUCGGAGAAGCGUGCCCAGGACAAUCCGUGGCCACAGUGGCCUCGCAUUUUCCGUGUCGACUACGGGCACGAAGAGGUACGUGUAAAGUGGGGCAAGGAUCCACGCCAAUAUUCCACCACAACCAAGGAGUUUGUUAGCGAUGGCAAUGGAAACAUCAAGGGCGUCAACACGGUGCAGGUCGAAUGGACGAAAACACCCACCGGCCAGUGGAGCAUGAAGGAGGUGCCCGGAUCGGAGAAAUACUAUCCGGCCGAUAUGAUCCUGCUAGCCAUGGGCUUCUUGGGUCCGGAAAAGCAAGCACCUACCGAAAUGAACUUGGAUUUGGAUGGACGAGGCAACAUUAAGACAACAAUUGGAAUGUAUGGAACGGCCAAUCCAAAAGUUUUCGCUGCCGGUGAUUGUCGCAGAGGCCAAUCGCUCGUAGUGUGGGCCAUUUCCGAGGGCCGACAAGCAGCUAGACAGAUCGACACCUAUCUCAUGGGCAAACCGAGUGCUCUUCCUGGUCCCGGUGGUGUCAUCGAUACUACCCGUUCUCCGAUCGCAGUUAACGCCUAA